AUGUAAACCAAUUUGGAAAUUGAGAAAAAAAUUUGCUAGGUUCAUAAAUUAGAGAUUGUAGCAGUCGAUUUGAAGACAUAAACAAGAAUUGAUGACAAAUAUUUAUGCACAAGGUGUCUAGCUGAAAGAGUUGAUAAAGAAAAUAUAACAUUGCUAAAUGAAGCUACCGAGAUGAUAUAAAACAUGAAAACCUAAUCUUUAAAACUUCCAAAGGAAGAAAAUGUGCUUAGAUUAACUAAUUUAAAAUAAUUAUCAUCAUCGAUAAAGUCAUUCAAAAACUAAAUCAAGUCACAACUUGGAAAAUGGUUUCUAUUGAUUGAUCAAUAAAUGGAAUAAAUCCAAACCGAAAUUGAAUCAAAAGAAUCAAAGUUAGAGAUCAAUAAUUGCGACGAGGAAAUUCAAAUUCUAUCAAAAAAUUAUAAAGGGAAUUUUAAUUACAAUAUACCCAAACAGCAAAUUUAUAAGGAAAAGGACUUAGCUCUCGUUUAAUUAAUCUAGGAAUCAAUUGAAUCUUAAUAUAAAUAAUAAGUUCUAGUGAACCAAUAAGCAAAUAUUAACCAAAUACCUACAAAAGAAUUUGAUUAACAUGUAAUUUAUGAUAAUAAUAUUAGAAAACUCCUUGUCUAGAUUAGAGAUGCAACAAGCAUGACAAAGAAAUAAUUAUGUUAAAUAUUAAUGAUAAUGAACCAAAAUUUGGUCGAUUAGCUUGUGUAUAAUGUAUUCAAGAAAAUCAGAUAUAAUACGUUAGCUUAAAAGAGGCGAAUAAUAUGUGGAAUACCUUUAUUGGAUAAUCAAAAGAUUUGAUAUCUAAACAUAAUUGUAGAAGAGAAUAAAUGUUAAAUUGGUUAUAAAAGAAACUCAAUAACUAAAAGAUUAUUAUAACCACUCGUUAUCAGAAAUGUUAUCUUCUAUAGAUGAACAGUUUGUCAAAAAUAAUUAAGAGAUUUAAGAUUUCCUUAAAUUAGAGAAUAAAUAAAUAUUCGAAUUAGAUGAAAAAUAAGUUGAAAAGAUGAUUGAUUUUUUAAGCUAAUAAGAUAAAAAUAAACACAUAAUUUAGCAAUAAGAUAAGCAAGAUAGGCUUGAUUAAUUGUUUUAUCAGAAUGUUAAAUCUAAAUUAGAAACCCUGAUCAAACAUGAUUUACUUUGCAAAUAAUAAUUGAUGGUCAUUUUGUAAGAAUAAAAAAGUAAUUUAUUUUUUUUAGAUAAAUAAAACAUAGAAAAUAACAUACAUUCUGAUAUUAAAAUUAGUCCUGAAAUAAACGAAUUUAUGUCUAAAUGUUAACUUUAAGAGUAAUACCUAAAAAUUUUUACUGAAUCCACUAAUUUCUAAAGAGAAUUAGAGAAAGAGGCAUGUCAAAUGGCUAUCUUCAAUAACUUAUUGUAAUUGAAGAGAAAAAUGAUAAGGAAAAUUCUCAAUGCUCUAUAUCCUAAUAACAAUAUAAAUAAUAUGAAAUAAAUUCAGAAAAAAUGA